CAAGAUCCUGAAGAAAGAAAUCCUUCUCAUCAUCAUCAAGGGCCUGAGGACAAGGCAGCUGAGUUAGGGUUAGAUGCAAGACGAAAUGUGGAUACAGACUUGAUGAUGGAUGAUACUUGCUAUCAACUUCAGACUUCAGAGGGAAUUGAGGAAACCAACUCUGGAAACAGUAGAUGUUUUCAAGGUGAGACUGAGGGGGACAGAUUUGUGCCAUGGAGGCAGUGUGGAGCCAGAUGCUGCUGUAGAUGUAAGCAGUGUGGAGCCAAGUAAUGCUGUAGAUGUAAGCAGUAAGGUGUCAGAGAAUGCUGUAGAGAGGAAAAGUAAGAAGAGGAAAAGAAGUCAGUCUAUUCACAAACGGGUUAAAAGAAAGAAAACAAUAAUGCCAGAGAUGGAAUGUAUGACUAAUGAACUCAGUGUUACAUCAUCUCAUCCAAGCUCCAAAGCUCCAAGUAAGAAUGUAACUGUGGCUGCUGAAUCUCCAGAGUUUUCUGUAUGUGAUAACAAUCGAAGUCGUCCUGUAGAAGGAGCAAUGUUUCCAGAAACUGACAAAUCUCCCAAGUUUUCUGAAACUGAUAAUCAUCAACAUAUUCCUGUAGAGACAACUGCUAAAUCUCCAAAGUUUUCAACUGGUGGUAAAUAUGAUCAUAUUUCUGCUGAAACUGUGAGUCCUUCAGAGUGUGCUACAAAGGAACAUAUUGCUGGUGACAAAAGUGAAGCUGAAAUGGAGGGGCUGACGGAACAUGCUGUGGAGGAGAUGAAGCAUGUCUUGGAGAAGGUACAGGUGGAUGGACUUGUGGUUGCAGACAACAGACUCCAGUUCAAGCUGAAGCUGGACCCAUCUCUCCACACACAUUUCAAGGGUGAGCCACAGAAGAAGUUGGUUGAGAGGUUGAGCCGCUUGGUUAAGAUCGGUUACAUUCUGCAGCAGAGGAGACAAACAGCAGACGGAGAUGAGCAGACGUCAACUUCCAUGGAGUCUUAGCAGUUCCAGAGCAGUAACAGUAUGAAGCACUCUGGGACCAAUACAGAUGUGUAUUUCAUUACCAAAGACUACAACAGAAUGUUAUAUUUGAACUCUGAAACUGAAAGCCACUGGGACCAUGUUGCAGUAUUCAUGCCAGCAGUUACUUUUGUUCUGCCAGUGAAACAGGAUAAAACUGGGGGCCAUUGAGAGCCAUAUAGUUUUCAGCAUCUGUAAGAGAUCCAGUGACUUUCAGUCCAUUCCUCGAAAAUCUUCCUCAUGUGUCAUUCAGUCCUGUUUGGGGAAUGAAAUGAAAAAACAUAGUGCUGAUUGUAUUUCGGAACAUGGAACUUAGGUGUUUUCAUGAUUUGAUACCAAGACACAGAUUAUGCUAUACAGUAGUUUAUAUGGCAAAUUUGCAAGCACAGUGUU